AUGGAGAAUCCAAUCUUCAUGCAUCGUGAUACCUUUCACUCAUCAUCAUCCUCAAGGCCACGACAAACCAUGGGUUUCCUCAAGCGAUUCAGCUCUAAGCGCUCGUCAAACAUGACCCAACAGAUGCCUUCUGCAUUCCAAGGUUCUAUCGCGAGCGCACGGAAUGUCGACCACACUACUAACCCAUUUGCCACCACGCAACCAACGCGCAGACCCAGACCAGCUGAAAAUGUGGGAGCGCCACCUCCAUACUCUGCGGCACCGAACAGCCCUGCAGAUCUAGCGACGCCCAUGCAAGUCUGCGAGGACUCCCCAUACGCAUUUCUACGCGAGUUCGACACCAUCUUCCUCAUUGACGACAGCGGCAGUAUGGCAGGACGCAGCUGGAGAGAAACAUCUGCAGCCAUCGCAGCCAUCGCACCGAUCUGUACAGCCUACGAUGCGGACGGUAUCGACAUCUACUUCCUCAACCAUCGCAACCCCCACACCACCCACGGCGGCUACACCAACAUCACCACCACUGCGGCAGUCCAGAAUCUCUUCCAGACCGUGCGACCUUUGGGAGGCACACCAACCGGUACACGACUCGCACACAUCCUGCGCCCAUAUCUCGCCGAAGUCGCCACAUCCAUGGCGCAGCAGACCCAAGGGCAGCCCGCAACGGUCAAACCGCUCAACAUCAUUGUCAUCACCGACGGCGUGCCCAGCGACGAUGUCGAGAGCGUGAUCGUCAGCGCGGCCAAGAAACUCGACUCGCACAACGCCGAGUCCUGGCAGGUGGGAAUCCAGUUCUUCCAGGUCGGACGCGAACCCGAGGCCGCGGAGAACUUGACCGAGUUGGACGAUGCGCUCUCGGGAACGUACAACAUUCGCGACAUGGUCGACACCGUGCCUUGGACCGGCGAGGAGGGUCAGGAGCUGACCGCGCAGGGUUUGCUCAAGGUCUGCCUCGGCAGUGUGGUCAGACGACAUGAUCGGAGGAGGAUUUGA